AUGUUUCAAGAAGAAAAGGCUUCGUUUCCGCUUAUUCCUACUCUAACGACUAUCGCAACUCUUCAAAAUGUCGAAAUUACGCACUUGGGCCACCCUUAUAAGAAAUGUAUCCUCGAUGAAAACUAUAAACGGAACACCUGCGAAUAUGAGAAGAUAAUUGAGGGCUACAAGAGAAAAUGCCAGUGUUACCCAGGAUACUUGAGCGAUGAAUUGAAGGACAAAAUGAAUGACACGGACCCUUGUUCAUUUUUCCAGCACGCCACAUGCAUUGCGCCACUGCAAACGAACACAGAACAUAGAGCUGAGCUGAAAGCGAUCCGCUGUCAUCCGAAAUGUCAAUAUACAACAAUAGAAAAGGGAAAUGUGAAUCAUGUGGAGUUGAACUCGGAGCACUUGAACUUCGUCCGAGAAACAGUGAAUCUCACCAAAGAUAUUGAUCUGAUCUCAACUGUGAUCAGUUUGAACGAUGAGCCGAAUUGGAUCCUCAGAACAGAAGAAGCCGAUUACAAGCUCUCAGAAUUGCUCUCCGAUAUGGGAGGAUCUAUGAGCCUGAUUCUCGGUCUUAGAUCUCGAUCUUUUGAGGAUACUUUCGGCACUGCGACACCUUCAUCAACACCAAAGAAGAUCAAAAUUCAAAGGCCAGACGACUUCGAAGCUGUCCAUCCCGAUUCAGUAACAUCUAUCGGAAAAUUUGGAAAAUGCGAAGGCACAGAAUGCGAUGGAGUUCCUGCAGAGACGAUCGAAAUCAACAAGGAGAGACUUUGCCAAAUCUGCGCGAAAAAGAAACAUGGCGAUGCUGCUCUUCAAGGAAAAACAUUCGACAAAUCCGAUGCUGUGUUCAAAUGCCCAGCGUUCUCUACGGACGGAAGCUGCAAUUCCGACAAAAUAUCCUUCCACGAAUUCUACCUUGGAUCUUGCUGUGAGCAAGCUUCUAAGUGGCUCACAGACAAUGAUAAAGCCCGGAAAAAGAAACUUGAUGUCAUCGCGAAGCUGCAUGAAGAUAUCGAGCGAGAAAAGAAACGAACAAAGCGUGAAUGUGAAGAAGUAAAAAAGAGCAAUGCCCAGAUGGAGAAUCUCCAGCGCCUUAAAAAAGUGAGUAUCGAGAGGACUUUGAAGGAAAUUGAGGAAAUCGACAGGAAACUCGGAAAGAAAAGAGAAGUCCAGGAAGCCAUGGAGAAAAAGCUCGAAGAGAAAGAUCGAGAGAUGGACAUCGUCUCCAAGCGAUACAAGCAACUGUCCUACGAGUAUCAUGAAAUCACAAAGAAGGACGAUGAGAAAGAAGAAGAGGAAGAAAACUCAGGCGCAGCAACUUGCCAAGUUUGCUUUGAGAAAUACAGCGAUGAUUACGAAAGCCGUAAAUGGCUUCUUAGGCACUGCGGACAUAUUACAAGAGAGAGUACACUUAACGUGGCCGAUUCUUAUCCCACAGACAUAUCUUCUAAUGGGAGCUACUUCUGGGAGCCCUUCUUUGACGGCGUUCAUCAAAGUUGCCAAGUUGAAGCACACUUCCAUGACGAGGCUACGAAUUCUCCGGAUAAAAAUUGCGCAGAACUCAGAAUCGAUUACAGUUAUAACGACUACAACGACUACUCACAUGAAAGUUAUUGGAAAGAAACUCGCUGUGAUCGCAUUGAUCACGACGGUGAGAGUUAUUAUGAGAUUAUCGUCUGCAUGGUGCUACAGGAAGAGAGAACUAGUUGUGAUAUCAUCCAAAAGCCAGAAAUUACGACGAAUGGUAUUGCAUUCACAAGCGAAGCCAAUUAUGAUUACUCAACACAGCGGAUGGAAGAAUCGACAAGCAAUUCGCAGCAAAGUCUAUACACUAAACUAUCGACUGAUUACAUAGCCACAACGCUUUCUUACGAUCGAACUAGCCAAACAAAUAAUGCCCCAACAACAGAAUCUGGAGGCACCGUUACAAGGGACACAAUGCCAGACGAAAGAAGACUCAACAUAUUGAUUAUACUCUGCAGCAUGAUUGGAGCUUCCAACAUCCCCCUUAAAAAUUCCUCUGGCAUCGCUAGACAAGAAGACUGGGAAAAGUCCGCUGUGGCGAAUUUUUCCUAUCAAGAGCUUCAGCAUAAUUAUCAAAGCGACGCUCUGCAAAGUGCUCUUCAAAGCAAUAUACAGUUUGCCGGUUUUGAGUCAAGUGGCGAUAAAUGUUAUUCUUGGAACAUCUCAAACAACAAGUUGUCUGGAGAGAGCUUUCAGUUCAAGGACGCUUCAAUUGUGCGACUCAAUGCAAAUCGAGUGCAAUCACUAAACUCGAUCGGUAGCAGUGUAACGUUUCCGAAAUGCCGGGCAUUUUACGCUGGCAAGAACCACUUCAACAGCUUCGAUGACUUACCAGGGAUGCCACUUGUCGAGCACGUUGAUUUGCGUCAAACGAACAUUUCCUCCGCAAACGGCAUACAGCGUUUUCCUAACCUGCACGUACUCAUUAUUGAGGAGUGUCCUCUUGCGUUCACAGAAGAUUUCCGUGGAUACCUCGCCUCGCAAAAUAAAAACAUCAAGCUUAUUAACAACAUUGCCGUCACUUUCGACGAGCAAAACUUCAAGCCGCCGAAAAAGAACGAGAAGAAAAAGAAGAUCGCAAAAAUCUUGAUUUUUUCCAAAUUUUGUGAUUUUCGUGUAAUAUAG